CGCUUUUAUCCAUUUUCUUCCUACUGCAAUUAAGCAAUAAAACCCUCAAUACAACCAACCCAGAAGACUGAGAUAUAGACAAGGUUAAUGAAAAAGAGAGAAACACUUCUUCAAGAUGAAUCCCCUCCACUGAUCAUUUUGGUGGAGCUUUCUCUGGUCUCUCUCUUCAUUUGACGGCCGCUUUAACUGAAACAAUAAGAUACUUCCUUUCAUCGGAAUUACUGCAGGUGUAGCUGUUCUUGAAGAUGGCCAAGACGGCAGGAUCAGAUGAGAACUACCCGGGUUUGAUUAGGCCCUCUAACACUCGAGGGGAUAUGGGGGCUAGAGGAGGAAAGUUGACGGAAUCAAUUGGGCAGAAUAGGAGGGCAUUGAGCACCAUCAAUAGGAACGUUAUAGGGCCUCCACCUUAUCCCCGUGUUGUCCACAAAAGAGGUGUCUUGGCAGAGCAUAAUGCAACCGCUGCUAAUAUCCCUCCUAUUCCAGUCCAUCGACCAAUCACUAGGAAGUUUGCGGCUCAAAUGGCUUCGAAACAGGAUCAGCCUCUGAUUCAGGAAACAAAGCCAGUAGUCAAUUCAGUCCCUAAAGCAAGUGCAUCUGAAGAUUGCGUCAUUAUUGAUGUGGAGGACUACAAGUCAAAUGGUGACUAUCCAGUGCCAAUGUCCGUGCAACACACAGAAGCUAUGCUCGAGGAAAUAGAUCGGAUGGAUGCUGAGUUUGAGAUGGAGGAUAUAGCUGUGGAACAAGUGGUGGACAUAGACAGUGUUGAUAAGAAUAACCCACUAGCAGUUGUGGAAUAUAUCGAUGACUUGUAUGCCUACUACAAAAGAACCGAGAUAUCUAGCUGUGUCCCAUCGAACUACAUGGCACAGCAAUUUGACAUCAAUGAGAGGAUGAGGGGCAUUCUUAUUGACUGGCUGAUAGAGGUGCAUUACAAGUUUGAACUGAUGGAUGAGACCUUGUAUUUAACUGUCAAUCUAAUAGAUAGGUUCUUAACAACAGUCUCUGUGGUGCGCAAGAAACUUCAACUUGUUGGAGUGACAGCAAUGCUUCUGGCUUGCAAGUAUGAAGAAGUUUCUGUUCCUGUCGUUGAAGACCUCAUAUUGAUUUCUGACAGGGCUUACUCCAGAAAUGACGUGCUUGAGAUGGAGAGCUUAAUGAUCAAUACCUUGCAGUUUAAUCUUUCAGUGCCUACUGCUUAUGUCUUCAUGAGGCGCUUUCUUAAAGCUGCUGACUCUAAUAAAAAGUUGGAGCUUCUGUCCUUCUUUAUCGUUGAGCUGUGCCUCGUCGAGUAUGAAAUGCUUAGGUUCCCCCCGUCUCUCUUAGCAGCAGCAGCAAUCUUUACUGCACAAUGCUCUGUCAAUGGGUUCAAGAAGUGGACUAAGACAUGCGAGAGGCACACAAACUACACUGAAGAUCAGCUUUUGGAAUGCUCAAAACUCAUGGUUACUUUCCAUCAGAAGGCAGGCACUGGCAAGCUUACCGGUGUUCACCGAAAGUACAGCACAUCAAAAUAUGGAUAUGCUGCCAAAUCACAACCUGCCCUUUUUCUGUUGGACGCAACUUUUCACAGCAAGAUUGAUUUGGCCCGUUGAGCAACACACAAGUUGCUGUGCAUUUUCGUUGAUCUGAUGUACAAAUUUAGCUGAGUUCUAUUUUCCAGAUUUGCUUUCUUGACUUUUAAACCAACCGUCUGUUCUCAUCAAAUAAUAUUAUCUUGCAUGGGAUGAGUUUGCUUACAA